UGCGGAGUGAUCUGACGCAGACUACACCCAUGCACUGCCUGAUUACAUUGGCUUUCUUUACUGCCCGAGCCAAGACGUGUGUGAACGUUGAAGUGGGGGUACAAUUAGAGACACUCAAUUGAUCCGUAAGCAGCGCAAAAUCGGCUGUAAUUGUCUUAUCUCAUAAACUACACUUUGGAGUUCAUAGGGAGCUGUAGAUUUCAACAUGUCUUGGCAAAGCUACGUGGAUAACCUGAUGGCGGAUGGCAGUUGUCAGGAUUCCGCCAUUGUUGGCUAUACGGACGCCAAAUACGUUUGGGCAGCACAUGCCGGUGGUACUUUUAACAACAUAACGCCUCAAGAAAUUGAUGUUCUCAUUGGAAAGGACAGGGCUAGCUUCUUCACCAACGGCAUGACCUUGGGUUCGAAGAAGUGCUCGGUCAUCAGAGACAGCCUCCAUGUUGAAGGGGACUGGACAAUGGACAUCAGGACAAAGAGUCAAGGAGGAGAGCCAACAUACAACGUCACUGUAGGCAAAGCUGGAAAAGCAUUGGUUUUAGUCAUGGGAAAAGAAGGGGUCCAUGGCGGACAGCUCAACAAGAAAGCAUAUACUAUGACUGAGUACCUGAGGAAGUCUGGAUAUUAAGGCAGCCUGUCUACCCACCUAGCAGUUCCCUCUGGCUCCCCCUCAUUGUGUUGACAGUACUUCCCGGAUUAGUUAGCAGAUGCAUUUCUCUCCCAGUUCCAUUUUCAUGUACACCCUUUUAUAUUUUUUUUCAUGUUAAUUCAUUUUUUUUGUUGUUUUUUUUGCUGCUAUCUCCCUGUUCGUUCUCACAGUAUUAACACUACAGUAUGUUCUCAACUCUAUUUCUGACACUACAAUAACAAAUUGUGGAUGUUUAUUUACCAAAACACAUGUGCAAAGAAUUGAAUGAUAAUGUAAUAAAGUGUAUACCAAAUUUGGACUUGGCUUGUAAAAACAAACGAUGAGGAAUCACACUGAAUGGCUGUGUCAUUCAAUGGUGCAGAUAGUUUUGGGUGGGACAAUGCCUUAUGAGCAUACUGAAGAGAUAACCGGCUGGUAUUGUUUUCCUUUUCUGCGGGUGGUUUCCAUGUCAGGAUUUGAAAGUUGCAUGCAUAUCUUUUAGCAGGGUUGAGGUUAAUACCAUUUUCUUUCCAGACAAUUCAGAAUGUUAACUGAAUUUCAGUGUAAUUCCUGAAUUGAAAUGGAAUUGUCCCUAACCCUGUCUUUAACCAUACAGAGCUGAACUCUCCUUGCCCUUCACAAAACUUUUAUAUUCCCGCAAAAUGUUAUUUUUAUUCAGGCGUCAAUUUUUUGCUUUGUCAUUGGAUACUACAUAAAUCCAGAAUAAUCCUCUAUACAUACACCUUAAAACCCCUGAGUCAGACAUUUCUUUUGCAUUGUCUUCCAUCAAAUGCUUUUGCUGUUGUAACUUGAAUGUGGUCUUACACGUCAUUGUGGUGUUGGAAUAUUGUAAUGGCAGAUCAAAUCAGUAUUGCUGAGGAUUUUUGUUGAUAGAAAUUCCUCCCAUGAACCCCCACGACAUCUUGAAGUCUCCAUGGACAUUCCAUCUGCCAGCUCCUGUAUUUCACGCUGCCGUUUUGUGCAGCGUAUCGUCCAGACUCCCUACAUAACCAUGUUUUGUCAAGUUGGCAAGUUAUAUUUUCCAUAGGACCAAUUGUUAUGUCACAGUUAGGGGAUUUUUCAGAAUGGCUUCAAGUCAUUGUGAAGGAUGACUGUUGUCCUCUGUUUGACUGUAAUCAUUAGACUAUACUUCAGAUGACUGUAAAACACACUGCUUCUUAUGAUGACUUUUAAAACACGAAUUGAUUUGCUGAUAAUUUGUUGUUAACAGAUAAUUGCAGUCUCAUUUGACACCUGUGGUAACCAGAGUAUUCUCACUGAAUGCAUUUGACUGUAAACCCAAGCUCUGAAUUUAUCGCCUAGUGCUCUACUUAUCAUCAUGUGUAUCAGCAACUGUCAUAGCACGGUACUUAACAGUAAAUUUAAAAAUAAAAAAAAUAUGAAAAAAAAAGUGAUAGUGUGUACACUAAAUUUAAAAAAUGGUGUUGGUUGGAAUAAGAACACUUGUCUUGUGAAAACUUUAUAAGAAAAACUGUGUAUCCUGUGCCAUAACACAGAUCUGGUCUGUUGCUACUUUGAGUUUGAUUAUUAUUCUUUUUUAAACUGCUGCCCAAGCAAGAACUAACUUCAAUGGCAUUUUCCUUCGGGAUAUUUUGGCAUCAACCGAUACACUCCAGGCUUUGUGGACUAUGUACAGACCAAAAAAUACAUUUUUCCCUUAUGCAUUUGGAUUCAAAAUUAUGAAAUGUGCAUUUUCAAAAUUUGGGGAAAAUGCUAUAAAUUUAUAAAUCACCUUUUUGUUUACAGACAGAUCAAAUAAAAGCUAUUCCAACCAGAA